AUGAAGGAAGAAGGCGAGUUGAGAAUUACUUAUGAAGAGAAGGACCGGCUGCAAAAGGCAUUCAGACAACACGAGUUCCGAGCACUAUUUGAUGACUAUUUUGAUGAAGUCUCAGAUGAAAAAUACCGAAAGGAAAAGGAGGACUAUCUGUACACAUUAUACUUCAAUGGGGAACUCAAGAAUAACCAAAUUAUUAUCGAGCCUACUGUAGCUUUCUGUGUGAAGACCAAAAUUGUGUAUUCGAAUCAGACACAGCAGAAGGUGUUUUUGAAUAUUUGUUCACAUGAGGGGAUGCACUGUAUCUCCUUUGAGGGCGAUGGGCGCGGCAGGUUGAGCAUCCCCUACUCCCUUUCGCAGAUGAGGCCAGACAAGACCGGAAAAGGCGAGUGCUGCCUCACCGUCGACUGCUGCACGAACCCCUCUACCGUUGACACAGUGAGGACGCACAAUGAAAUCCUGAACUACCUCCUUGAGAACGUGUGCAUGAAUAUCGAAAAAAAUGUACUAAAAGACAGAGAGAAGAUAAGUCGAGAUUUUAAAAUAUCGAAGAGGAUGGUGUGUAAAGGAGGAAAGCCUUUUGUGAUUUGUAUUAACAAGGAGUUUUUAAGGCACUCAGUUGUGCUAGAUGUGCAGAAGAAGUUAGAGAUUAUGAGGAGUAAAUUCGAAAAGGUGCAUGACACCACGACGCCGUCGAAAGUGAAGAGACUUGCGUUGGGAAGUAAAGUGAAGACGGAGGUGCACGUGGGGAAAGACCAGGAGGGGGAGAAGGAUCUCAGGGAGGAGAAGGAUCACCACGAAUCUGCAAAGGAUAGCGAGCUAGAGAUCACUGACCAGUUUAGCGAAUCGGUAAAAAGGGGUAGCGAAUGCAAGGAGGAGAUGGAGCGCACAAAGAAGACUCAAUUUUUUAUCACCUACCAAGGGUCCAUAAACGCAGCUUCUUUGUGGGGAGAAAAAGAACAUCCCAAUGUGUGCAUAAGCUUACCUGAGAAAAUCAAAGUUUCGAUAUGCACUAAGGGGUCCGUAACGCGUGAGAAUAUAUUGCUGCAGAUUGGGAAGAAAAGGGUCGAGGUGAAAUUUGUGAACUGCGAUGAGGAUGACGUGGUGGCUGAUCUGCCCUACCCAUGCAACGUGGAGGACUACUCCUGCGUCAUAAGAAGGGACAAGGAAAAGAUCGAAAUUUACCUCAACUUGUGCGAAGAGUUCGUUCAGACGUAUGCAAAAAGUUUGUAUGAAAAGUACUUCUCCAGCCAGGAGGCGGAGGUGCACGUGGCAGCGCUGGACUACAUCGACGACGUGCUGCGGAGUUACGAGUUGGAGGGGGCGCCGGUGAGCGCGGCGAACGGGGCGAGCGGGGCAAACGAGGCCAACUUGACAAACGGGGCGAGCGGGGCAAACGGGGCCAACUUGGCAAACGAGGCCAACUUGACAAACGAGGCAGACGCCCAGGUUCUGCACGUCGUCGCUUCCUCGCCGCACUGCACCUGGGAAAGGCGGCAAACCGAUGCGCAGUUCCCAUCAGGGGAGGAAAAAACGAAGGGGCACACGAGCAGCGUAGGAGAAGAGAAGAUCGAUAAUGUCUUAACCCCAUUUGAGGAAAAACAACUUUUUGACUUCUCCCAAGGUGAGGGGAAUAUGAAAAAGGAACUCCCUCCCCCCGCGGAUGAGUCCGAGUGUACACGGGAGAGGGCAAAAAUGGAUGUGACGGAUAACACCGAGCGAUUUCUUGAGGUAGCCAAAAACCAUGGGGAGGGAAAACAAAAGGAACACAUUCAUUGCGUACUGGGAAGGAGAGAGGGCUCCUCACAUGAGGGGGGGAAAACAACUAUGUCCCCUUCCUCUGAUUAUGGCAAGAUAGAACUCAUUAAUGACGAUGCUACCGUGGCAACAAAUGAAGUGGCCCCCAAGAGUGCGCAGUUAUCGCCUGGAUUGGCAUACAAACAUGUGGGAAGGAAAGCAAACAAAUUAGUCGAGGAACGUGAAAAGGGUAAAAUGCUCACCUGUGAAGUGGACCCUAAUGGAGGCCAGUCUUUGCUGGACAUGCAAAUGUACGAGAAUAUGGAUAUGGCGGGGGCCUUCUCGUGCAGCUUGUGGGCGGCGUACUUAUAA